AUGCAAAUAUUCGCUAUUGUCGCGACCGCGCUUCUGCCUUUGUUGGCAGUUGCAGAGACCUCAACGACCACGUCGACUAUGACGAUGACCAAGUACAUCACCAUCCAGAAGGCCGCCACUACCUCUAGUGUUUUCAGCGCAAACUCGACAACGGCAUUCCCCACCGGCACCAUCUCAGGUUCCGCCGCCAUUGUCACCGCGACUACGACGACUGGUGCUGAUGGCUCGCCUACAACCGUUGCGCCAACUGUCAGCCCUACCAUUGACAACCAGAACAGCGGCGCAAUGCUAGCUCCUGCCGCAUUCGCUGGUCUUGCCGGUAUGGUCUUCGCGGCAAUGAUCGCUGUCUGGCUACAUUACAUGCGACGAUACGAACAAACCACGACACCACAAUCAACCGCAACCAACCAUUCUACUUUGAGCUUUCGCAUGCCUAAAUGGUCGCGAUUGCCCAUCGCCAAUGAAACAACAAACUCGCCUCGACCACAAGACCCUUUUCCUCGGCCCUUCUACAGGUGUUGA